GAGUCUGUGGUUCCAAAGAACAGGAAAUAAUAGAUGUUUGUUCAGAUGCAAAUAGUUCUUCCCUGCCUCAGAACUGUGUAUCACUAUCUCAGGAAAUGGAAUACAAGAGCCUAUAUUUUUAAUAAGCUAUCAAUGUAAUUAUUACUCGUCUUCAAUCCCUUCCUAUAUGUACCAGAAGAGAAAUUCGAAACACUAAACUCAGAGCUCUUAGCACCACUCCAGCUAGUGUGGACACACUUGGUGCUCCUCCUCCAGUGAUAUCUGCACAUGGUAAUAUGCACUGACGCGUUAUGCUCACAUGCAGUUUUCUCUUGUGGAUUACUCCAGGUAUAGAAAAAUAAAAUGGACAGGACGAACUGGACAGAGAUUGAGUUCAUUCUGCAGGGACUUUCUGAGUACCCCAAAGUGGAAAAACUCCUUUUCGUCAUGUGCUUGAUGAUGUACCUGGUGAUCCUGCUGGGGAACAGCACCUUGAUCAUACUAAUUCUCCUGGAUUCCCGCCUCCAUACGCCCAUGUACUUCUUCCUUGGUAAUCUUUCCCUCCUAGACAUUUGUUACACAUCCUCCUCUACCCCCUCAGUGUUGAUUCACUUCCUAUCACAGAAGAAAACCAUCUCCUUCCUUAGAUGUGUUGUUCAGAUGUCUGUCUCCUACACUAUGGGGUCCACCGAGUGCGUGCUUCUAGCAGUGAUGGCAUAUGACCGUUAUGUGGCCAUCUGUAACCCUCGGAGAUACCCCAUCAUCAUGAGCAAGGCACUUUGCAUUCAGAUGGCAGCCCUCUCCUGGGGACUGGGCUUUCUCAAUUCACUGACAGAAACUAUACUUGCAAUACGGUUGCCCUUUUGUGGAAAAAAUGUCAUUAACCAAUUUGUUUGUGAAAUAUUGGCCUUUGUCAAGCUGGCUUGUGCAGAUAUUUCCUUGAAUGAGAUUGCUAUAAUGUUGGGCAAUGUAAUAUUUUUGUUUUCUCCAUUAUUGUUAAUUUGUAUCUCCUACAUUUUCAUCCUUUCUACUGUACUAAGAAUCAAUUCAGCAGAAGGAAGAAAAAAGGCCUUUACUACCUGUUCAGCCCACUUAACAGUAGUGACUGUGCUUUAUGGGACAAUCCUCUUCACAUAUAUGAACCCAAAGUCCAAAGACUCUGCUUUGGACAAACUGAUUACUCUAUUCUAUGGAGUAGUCACUCCCAUGCUCAAUCCUAUCAUCUAUAGCCUGAGGAAUACAGAGGUGCUUGGAGCUAUGAGAAAAUUGAUGAGGAGACACUGGUUCUGGAGAAAAGGAUGAAAAACUUAUACCUUUGAGUUCAUGCACAAAAUAAGCUCACAGAUUUGAGACAAAAUCUUUUCAUAUAAA